UCUUUAUGUGGCACAUUCAGUGAAUGCACAGCGGGGUGGGCGUCCUGGAAGACCGCCAGGUAGACCUGCAAGACCUGGUAGACCUGGUAGACCAAGCGGCCCACGUAGAACUACUAGGCGUACUACCAGACGUACUACGAGACGUACUACAAGACGUACUACAAGACGAACCACAAGACGUCCUACUAGAAGACCUCGCUGCCCAGAUUCAUGCCCAGAUGUCUUUGCCCCUGUUUGUGGAACCGUCAAUCGCGGUGGAAGGAUUAUCAAUUGUAAUUUCAGCAAUCAGUGUCGACUCGCUUCCCACAUGUGCAGAAAGCGGGAGGUUUGGUCAUCGACUAAUGGUAACUGCGCCCAGAAGUCCAGUAACAGGGACUGUAGCUAAGCUGAGAAGACACACUUGAAUAUUAAGAAAGAAACGAGAAUCCUACUAAAAUACAUAUGUUAAAAUAAUGUAAAAAAAAAUAAAAAAAAAUUUGGCUUUUUUAAAAAAA